ACGACUAAUUGCUACUGUCUAAUGUUAUGGCUGGGUUAGCACACAUUUCCAUCUUCCUACUGGCAUUUUUGAAAGCUGGAUUACGAGCUCUGAUGAGAACACUUAAUCCUGUGCCUUUGCCUUCAGAAAACCAAAAGUCUGAAAAAGGAGAAGGAGRGCACACCUGGUUCCUUCUUGGGCUUCUACCAGUACAGCAAGAUGGAACUUYUCCUGGGCAUUUUUCUCGCUGUUUUGACUGGUAUUGUGGCAAUGGCAUUCUAUUAUGAACACCCCAAAGCAGAAAUUCCUCAUGGAAUCAGUGAGCGCCGAACGCUUGUUGUUCUUCAUUACACCGUGAACUUUGGGUUUGGUCUGGCAGCAUUUUUGGAUAAAGUAGGUAUCAUCUCAGAGGUCCGUCUACUCAGGACUUUAAUGGAGACAAUACCACCACGUAAAGAUAAGCGACUUCUUAUCACGGACCUAAAGUUUGAAAGGGUUAAAGUAAGAAUUUACCAACCMAAAACAUCAAACAAUAGCCAAAGAAGGGGAAUCCUUUAUUGUCAUGGAGGGAUUGGCCGGUUUGGAAGUAUCCGGGCCUACGAAAGAACAUGCCGUUAUUUGUGCAGGAAGUCCAAUUCAGUGCUGGUGUGUGUUGGGUAUCGUUUAGCUCCUGAACAUCCAUUCCCAGCCCAGUUUGAGGACUGCCUCACUGCUGCCAUCCACUUUCUCAAGACUGCACAAGACCAUGGAGUGGACCCUUCCCGCAUUGUCAUCUGUGGAGACAGCAGUGGAGGGACACUCGCUGCUGCUGUUGCCCAAGCACUGGUGAACAGAAGAGAUCUCCCAAAGCCAAGAGCACAAAUACUGAUAUAUCCUUUUCUCCAGUGUGUGGACUUUAACUUGCCUUCUUAYCAGCAGAAUGCAAGAAUCCCCUUUUUGCUAAGGGAACGAACCCUUACUCUUGGCAUGAAGUAUAUUAACGUAGACUUGUGCUUCAUCAAAGAAAUACUUAAAGGUCGCCAUAUUUCAGAAGAUCAGAGACUGAAAUAUCAGAAAUGGGUGAGYCCUGACUACAUCCCUCAGGAGUUUAAAACAAAAGGUUACAAACCAAGUCCAACAUGCCCACCCUUGAAAGAAGUCUGUGAMGUAGCCAAGGCCGCCAUUGACCCUGUUUUUUCCCCACUGUUGGCUGAAGACAGCGUUAUUGCUCAGCUCCCUGAGACUUUCAUUUUGACCUGUGAGUUGGACGUGCUUAGAGAUGAUGGACUGCUGUACAAGAAACGCUUAGAGGACCAUGGUAUCAAAGUGACCUGGUGCCAUCUGCAAGAGGGAUUCCAUGGAAACAUGUUCUUAGCAGGUUUUGGUAAGAUGAUGGGAUCCCGCUCUGGAGCUAAAGGCUUGGAAAAGACAGUAAAUUUUCUAAGAUUGAUGUAAAAAAMCAUUUCUUGCUUUCUUUUCCUGAGCUCUAUCUCUUGUUGUUUUCUUUUUAAAAAUCCUGAAUUUUUCUUUUCUUGAAUUACCAUCUUAAAUUUCGGCAUUGCAUCUGUCUUCUUUUUACCUAAUAAGUUGAUUUCACAAUGGCCUGUGCUCACUUUACUCUCAGGAGAGGCAAAAUCAGGUGAAUUUAUAUUUCUUUCCUCUACCACCUCUUCAGUUUUCUCUUGCAGCCAGUAAAGAUCUUGUCCCUAUAGSAAGGGGUUUGCAAGGAAGUCUAGUUCAGUAAAGUUCUGGAACUACUAGAGCACAGACCAUGUCUGCAAACAACCUGGGGCAGGUAGCAGGGUGUGAACCCAUAGGAUAAGUAUAUAAAGCAUAUGGAAAAUAAUUUACGAAAGCCUGUAUCUGGUGAGAGCUGAAUUUGAGAUAAGCUUAAAGAGAACCAAAUGUAGCAGGGAAAAUGUGAACACAGACAGAAAGGAAAAAAGGGGAAGAGAAGGAGAGGAAGAGAGGGGAGGGGUAGACCUGGAACUACAGGUGUUGCAACAAGUAUUGUUUCAGGAAAACAACAUAUAUUUUAAAAAUUAUGUAUACACAUUUUACAUAGAGAUAAAAGAUAUAUGGGAAUAUAAAGUAAUAUCAGUUCCUUUACAAAGUGUAGGCCUGCACCGCCUGAUGCAGGCAGGACUUUCCCUUUCAGGGACYGUGUCAAAUGCCAUUGCAGACAAAGGAGAAUCAUGGAGAAAAUUUUAAAAAAAUCAAAGUUCACAUCAAUUUUAAACUGUUUACAAGAGAUGAAUGACCAAGUAAACCAAUACCAAAUAGCAUGGCAUGACAAAAAUAUAAAGCUAUUUUCUUAGAAAUGUACUCAAGUAUUGCCAGAAAUGUCAGUAAAUGUUUUAAUGACACCAUUCUGAGGUGAAUGUAUAAGUAUAGAACUGUGUAAUUGCUUCAGUUUUUAUUAUAAACCUAUAUCCUGAAUUAAAAUAUUUUAUCAUGUCACUAGA